AUGGAAGCAUUUCAAAAAGUACAUCCUCUAGAGUUUUAUAAAAAGUUUCUAGAGAGAUCGGUUAGACCCGAUGGAAGAGGAUUAGACUGUUUUAGAAAGAUCAAUAUAUCUACAGGUUCGAUCAUGACUACUGAUGGUUCUUCUUUUGUUAAAAUUGGUAAUACUUCUGUCAUUGCUGGUGUAAAGGCAGAGGUUGCUCUUACUCCUACUCAAUCUGAUAAUUCAAUCUCUUCAAAUAACAAUAACAAUAAUAACAAAAUGUUUGUAAAUGUUGAAAUGGGACCAAUCUGUUCAAAUAUAUUCUCAUCGAGUAAGCCAUCAGAAAAGGCAAUGUCACUAUGUUCCCAAUUAAAUUCACUUGUAAAUAGAUUAGAGAUAAACGACAAGGAACUCUAUUUUGAUGAUCAAGGCAAAUAUAGUUGGUAUCUUUAUAUUGAUCUCUAUUGUUUGGAUUAUAAUGGAAAUUUAAUGGAUGCUUGUGUACUUGCUAUCAUGUCUGCUUUAAAAAAUGUUAAAUUACCAAAGGGUAUUGUCGUAGAAUCAUCUGCAUCCGAAGCACCACAAUUAUUUAAAGAUACUGAACAACCAAUGAGAUCACUAAACAUUGGAACCUAUUUAAUACCUCAAACUUUUGUUUUAUUAAAUGAUUAUUUAUUAACUGAUCCAUCAUUGGAAGAGGAAAAAUUAUCAAGUGGAACUAUAUCGAUCACAUUUAACGAUCGAUUUGAAAUUUGCACACUUUUAUAUACUGGAAUUACAAGUAUCUCUGAAAAGAUUCUUGAACAAUGUUUGGAAAAGACUAAAAAAAGAUCAACUGAAAUUAUAAACUUAAUCGAUAAUUGUUGUACAACAAUUAAUAAUAGCAAUAAUAAUAAUAAUAUUUAA